AUGGUUCGCAUCCACAACUUGGCUCUUAUUGCUCUGAGCGCGUCUGCCCUGGCGGCAACUACUCACAAUGAGCGCCGCACAGCCGACGACGUCAGCGAGUUCGACCUUGCCAGCCGAUCCGCGCCCUUGAUGCACUUUGCCAAGCGCCAGGACCAGAGGGUACAGGACGCCUUUAAAGAAAUGAAGGCGGCGGCCAAGGCGGCCAAGGCUGCCAUCCCCGAGGCCGAAAAGACCAAGGUGGACGAAGCCAAGAAGAACCUGAAGGCCGCCAAGGAGGCGGCCCAGGCUAAGAUUCCCGAGGAGGAAAAGAGCAAGGUAGAGGAGGCCAAGAAGGGCGUGCAGGCUGCCAAGGAUGCUGCCGAUGCCGCUAUUCCCGCGGAUCUCAAGAAGGAGCUGGACGAUAAGAAGAAGGCCUUCAAAGACGCCAAGGGCCAGGAGGCUUCUCAGGGAGCCCCUGCACCGCCUGCUCCUACCGAGGCUUCUCAGGGAGCCCCUGCGCCGGCUGCUUCUACCGAGGCCCCAAAGUUGUAA